AUUCGGGCUCACUCUCGCUCAGUUGAAGAACACCAUCAAAUUUGGUUUCCUGCUCAGUGCCGCCAGAGCGAGAGCGUGCGUUUCCGUCAUAAUCUGCCAAGCAACUGCAACAACCUAAGCUCGAUUCAGUUCAGCCUGUGUGUUGAUGGUGGAGUUUUAGUGUUCUCAGCAUUUGCAUGACGGUUUCUGAAUUCUGAAUUCCGCCCUGAUUCGUCAGAUUGGAAUCUCGUGGAAGCUAAUCCUUUGCGUCAGGGGGGAGAAAUUCGUUUUCAGCUUUGCUAGGGUUUUAGAUUUCCGUUUCUGGUUUUUGAAUUGCUGUUUGGAAGUUGAGGGAAUUUCGAAAGAUGAGGAGAAAGCUGGUGUUUAAUGGAUGGGGUUCGAAGGACCUGCUCGAGUUCCUUGCUUCGAUAGGGAAGGAGACGGCCGAGCAAUUGUCUCAACAAGAAGUUAUUGGGAUCAUCUCAAAGUACUGUGCUGAUUACAACCUGUUUGAUCCGGAGAAGAGGAAUAGGAUUCUCUGCGACGCAAAACUUCGGGCACUGUUCAGGCGAAAGUGGAUCAAUAAGAACGGCAUCCGCACUCACGUGGAGAAGCAUUUCGCCGAGAACCAAUUGGAUGAUGGUGGUGAUGACGAUGAUGAUGAUGAUGCGAUGGAGAUAGGAGAACUGGUUAAUCAGGGGCUGGAAGUUGGUGAAGGGAGUGGUGAGAAUUUUGUGGUGUCUGGUGAGAAGAGGAAGAGGAUAUUAAGGCCUGAAGCUGAUUGCCAGAAGAAAGGAAAGGGGGUUGUGGUUGUGCACAAAGGGCUGUUUGCAUCGGUUACUGCUGAGAAUAUCAAACGUGUUUACCUAAGGAAGAGUGUUCUGUAUGCGUUGAUGAAGGAGCCGGAGAGUUUCGAUGUUAAAGUUGUUGGAUGCUUUGUGAGGGUCAAGACCGAUCCUUCGGACUACAGUAGGACAACCUCUCAUUUGCUUGCUCUGGUGACAGGGGUAAAGAGAUCUCCAGAAAAUGCUGAAAUGAGGGAUUCUGUUCUUCUGGAAGUUCCCUGUGUGCUGAAAGAUGUACCCAUUUCUGAGGUUUCUGAUGAGAAUUUCACUGAGGAUGAAUGUGAGGAUCUGCGUCAACGUGUUAAGGACGGCAUGCUUAAAAGGCCUCUGGUUGCAGACUUUCAGGAGAAGGCUCAGAGUCUCCACGAGGUUAUAACAAGAGAUGAAAUCCCAAAGAUCAUUGCAGAUGAAGAAGCGGGGGAAUCAGCAUGCAAGGAAAUACCCAGGCAUGGAAAACAGGCAGUGGUUCUACAACAAAAAGAAUUUUUGAGAAGAGUGAAACCAUCCAAAUGUCUAACGAGAGCGGGAACUUGGAGUCCAGGCAAUGUGAUGGAAGCUACAGGUUCAGGAAAUCGAACAUUUGUUUCUCCAUGCAACACGGAGAAAAAAACCAGACAAGAGGAGAUCAUAAAAAAGGCAGCGAAAACUACCGAAAGGGAAACACCUGCAGCAGCACCCUUUGUCAUGGAAAAGAGCAGAAAAAAUCAUGCACCCAACGUGGCAUCAAACUCGGCUGUGAAAACCAGCAAACAGACUACUGAAAAGAGCAUUCCCAGAAAGAUCGAGAUAAUCGAUCUAGGCAAUGAUGACGACGAAGGUGAUAAUACAAAGCCUGCCGCCAUCAGCAAUCAAGCAGCAGCAGCAGCAGCAACGGUGGCCUCAACAAAAAACCUGAACACCAAGAUGUGGCACUGCAUUAGUGUACGACGGGGUCUGCGCAUUGGAGGGCUCUUCUCCAUCUCUCUGUUGAAGAAAUUGAGAGAUUCCAGUCCCAGCCCUACGGGACUGUACUACAAGGUCUGGAAGGAGGGGCAGAGAGAGGAAGAAGCAAUUCUUCUGGAAGAGGCGAUUCGUCGGGCUUAUCGUUUGAAGUGAAUCACCAGUCAUUUUAUGAGAGUCAUCUAGAUACCCUAGAUUUGGGAUUAAGUCAAUGAAGAACUACAGAUCAGUCAAGUUUUUAUUUAAUUUGGAUGAUGAAUUGAAUAGACCUCAGUAAUUUCUUAAAGUUUAUUAUAGUUUUGAAUUUCUCAUAGAAACACCUUUACAGACUUGGGAGUUUAUAGCAUUAUACAGCGUUGAAA